GGGAAAUCCACAAGGUAAUUUAUAGGUAGAGGAAGUUGCAAUAAAGUAAAGACAUUUCCAUGAAUAAAGGCUAUCACAUUCCCAUACUUACGCAUUUAUUCUUCAGAAUCUGCAGGGGAACGUCGAAGCUCUCACCCAGGAUUUCAAUGAAACUUCCCGAUGAUGAACUCCCGAUCCUCGCCUCGCGAACGACUGACCUCCUCUGGAAGCGUCCUCAGCGAUGACAGUGAAAUGUUUGAUGGAAUCGAUGAUGCCGCCUUCGAUGUCAGUGAUCCACGUCUUCUAAAAGCCGUGGACAAAGCUGGAAAAGAAAAAAACAUGUUACCCCUGAUUAAAGAGGAACUGCGGCUUUCCAUUCUCUCCCGAAGGAACAAAGAAGGAAAAGGGGAAGUCAUUGUGGAGGAAAGAAAACCACAAGUCAAAAGGACUCUAACCCCUCAAGAGAAGGAGAGGAAACUUCGUCGUCAGGAGCAAAAUCGACGAGCAGCAAAAAAAUGCAGAAAGAAAAAAAAAGAUUGUGAAGUCAAUGUGAUGCAGGCCUACUACUCAGAAAAGGACAAGAAUGACAAUCUUUCCACACAAGUGGAAGAAUUAAAAAAAGAAAAAGAAAUGUUGGAAGAAGUUCUGCGGAGGCAUGUAUCGCAAUGCACCAUGAAUCAGAGUAACAUUGCGCCCAUCCAAGACAAUACACAUUUACUGCAAUUCGGUAUGUGCUUGUCGCCUUUCGAAGCCGGUAUACCAUCAACUCCAAACCCAGACACACCUAACCCAACGACUCCACAUACGCCCGGUCAAACCUUCAGUUUUUCCCCGGUUCCAUUCAACACCUCUAUGCCGGAAGAUUUGUACUCAACGACAGAAGACGACGUGUGUCCACACACCGAUUUGACUUGGGUAAACACCGAGGAAAUUCAAACGGCUGGUCUUCCUGGUGAUUACGACUCGAAUCUCGAUGGUUGCUUUGGCAGCGAAUUUGAAAACAUCGAUAUUGCACCUUUUACCAGCACCGAAAACACACAAUAUCCAGUUGCUAGUCAACCUGAAAUGCAGUUUGCUUCUCAGUCAGAAUUUUCUGAAGAUGAUAACCGUCAACUAUCCGGCCUCCCAAUUCCGGACAACACUCCGGGAAACAAUGUUACAACUUCCGGUGAAAACAUGACAACACUGAGUGGACUUGAAGCAGUUUUAAGCCUGCUCGCCGGUGAAACUGACGCAUACGCCAUUCACGGAAAUAUGAAUGGAAAUAUCAAUGAAAUUUCUCAGCACGGUCAGAACCUUUCCUGCACAGAUCUGCAUGAUAUAUGAUAACAUUAUUUUAGCAUUGAUCAGUAUGCAUUACAUAUAUAAAUACACGAGAAGGUUGAUUACCCAUCAUUCAUAGCGAGAUGUGUUCAAAGAACGAGUGGAGAUUCAUUAUUGCGCCAGUAUAUCUGAAGUCAGGGGAAAAAAACAUUUUGUGUACAAAACAUUGAAAAAAUCAGACAGAAUUUAUUCAGGAAAAGGACAGCCUGCGUUCUGUCUUUUCUUUCCAAGACUUACCUUUUUUUAACAUUUAGCCCUUAUGGUGAUAACUUAGUGCUAGCUCAGUAUACUAACACUUGUGUAAAUACGAUGGUAUGAAUUGUAUUAAACAAUGACAUGUUUCUGGUCAGACGUUUUCACAGAAGAUCUCGAAUGCUUGUAAAUAGUUUUUUGUUUUGUUAUUUGAUUUUCUUUAAAUUUUAUUAUACACGAUUUGUACAUGACAGUGUAUUGUAUACAUUUGAAUGAUUUUCAAUGUGUCAAUAGACGGGUAGUUUGGUGCAAAAUAAUAAAUAUAUGUUUCAUGUUUGAACUUUCAUGAUAUUCAUUUAAAUCGUAUAAUGUACUCAUUAUAUCAUAAUUAACAUUAAAUGUUAAAAACUGA